AUGAGAUAUUGGGCAACUGUUGUCAUCACUAGUUUAAUAACUUCUAUCCCUUAUUUGGAUAUUUUUUUACACUUUACUGGUAGAAGUUGUAGAUUGUUUUGUCACGGUGAUUCUGAUAAGAUUACUUUUUUUCCAAGAUUUUUGACUAAAGGAUUGUUAAGAAAUCCUAUAAUUAUUGUUGAGUCUGAUGUUUUAGCUAGCAAGUCCUGUGCAUGUUGUUCCUGA